UAGGGGAUUGGGAGGUGAAAGAACUGUCUUCGUUUUGUCGGCCAGACUGAGGAACUUCACGCUGUUACGGGUGUGGCUUUGUACGUGAUACAUCUUUACGAAGAGAAGAAUGCAUAACGGCACUCGCACACUUAACGACUAAAUUAAACACAGAGGAAGAAGAGAAAAUAGAAUAGCUUCUUCACAGUGGGUAUGUGAAUUUUGGUUACAUUGCAAGUUGGCAACGGAAUCCAUCUGCUCUGCCGUCUUCACAGCUGGAAUACUUUUUACUGAAGUUCCGUGGGCCCAUUUCCUGGCGUUGUAACCUGCGAGGCUGAUCUUGAAAAGUGAACUUGACUGAUUUUAUUGACGCGCCUCAAAAUAAAUUGUUGUUACUCAAAUAGUGUCCGCGUAAUGACAGACACAUUACUUUUCCGUAUUGGCUUGGAUAGCAUGUCACUGGGGUUGAAAAAAUAGGCGUCAAAUUUGGCUUUGGAAUAUUAAAAACGAGUAAACAUCUGGAAUAGAACUGAAUUGGGACUAAAUCGAAUAAAGUAUUUGUUUGCUGGUUUGUGGACGAAUCAAACUUAUAUCCCCGUCGUUUUUCUCAAAGGGGAAGUUUAAUUUCUCAACCUCACAACACUGUUCUGGGAACGCUUUUUUUUUAAACGCUCCCAGGCAUACAGUCCUAAAUAGGCAACAUUUUUUGUGUGAUAUUGUCCGAAAAACAGCAGUCCUGAAGCGUGCACUUGGAACCAUGGGGUGCACAGUGAGUCAGGAAGAUAAAGCUGCACAAGAGCGGUCCAAAAUGAUUGACAAAAACCUUCGAGAAGAUGGGGAGAAGGCGGCGAGAGAAGUGAAACUGCUCCUGUUGGGUGCUGGAGAGUCGGGGAAGAGCACUAUUGUGAAACAAAUGAAGAUCAUCCAUGAGGAUGGCUACUCAGAAGAGGAGUGUAAGCAGUACAGAGCUGUGGUCUACAGCAACACAAUUCAGUCCAUCAUGGCCAUCAUCAAGGCCAUGGCCAACCUCAAGAUCGACUACGAAGACGCAGCCAGAGCGGAUGAUGCCCGCCAGCUGUUUGCCCUGUCGGGGGCUGCUGAGGAGCAGGGCAUCCUGCCAGAUGACCUGUCCAAUGCCAUGCACCGGCUGUGGGCCGACGGAGGGGUGCAGGGCUGCUUCACCCGCGCCCGCGAGUACCAGCUCAACGACUCUGCUGCCUACUACCUGAAUGACCUGGAGAGGAUAGCCAAAGCAGACUACAUCCCCACACAGCAGGAUGUGCUGCGGACCAGAGUGAAGACCACUGGCAUUGUGGAGACACACUUCACCUUCAAAGACCUACACUUUAAAAUGUUUGACGUGGGUGGUCAGCGUUCCGAGAGGAAGAAGUGGAUCCACUGCUUUGAGGGAGUUACAGCCAUCAUCUUCUGUGUGGCCAUGAGUGCCUACGAUCUGGUGCUGGCUGAGGAUGAGGAGAUGAACCGUAUGCAUGAGAGCAUGAAGCUGUUUGACUCCAUCUGCAACAACAAGUGGUUCACAGAGACCUCCAUCAUCCUGUUCCUCAACAAGAAGGAUCUGUUUGAGGACAAGAUCACACACAGCCCCCUGACCAUUUGCUUCCCAGAGUACUCUGGUCCCAACAAAUUUGAGGAGGCGCAGGCCUACAUCCAGACCAAGUUUGAGGAUCUGAACAAGAAGAAGGACACCAAGGAGAUCUACAGCCACUUCACCCAAGCCACCGACACCAAGAACGUUCAGUUUGUCUUCGACGCCGUUACCGACGUCAUCAUCAAGAACAACCUGAAGGACUGUGGUCUCUUCUAGAGCCUGAGAAAUAGUCAAGCUCUGACUAUAAGGAAGUUUGGAAGAAAAACGUUGUGAAGGAAUGCACUGGCCCACCACGAUUUCUGCUUUGCUCUGCUUUUGUUAAAGGCACCUAAGAGACUGAGAACUCGGAGAACAUUGCAGAAUUUCAACGAUUGCUGAUCCAGUUGCUCGUGUUGUUAACUCUUUGGGCUAAGACCACAAAUCAAACAUUUGUUAUUCAUUUUUUUUUAGUUUAUUUUCAAUUAUUAGAGGCAUUGGAAAAGGUUUUCAUAUAAAUGCGUUCAUUUUACUUUAGGAAAUGUGAUGUGCAGUGCAAAUUCUAUUCAACUUUUAAUCGCAUAAAGCUUAUUUUGUAAAAGAAGAACGUGCAUGGAUAGAGAUUAUGAAUGGGAAAAGGAAGUGCUUUUUUUUAAUCAUGUUUACAUAUGUUCCUCAUUCAUAGCCAAACCGCAUAUUUUUCCUGCAUGACUCGAGAUGGCAAAUAUAUUCGCUCUGUAAUCUGCACAGAAUAUCUUAACAUUCCUUUUACAAAAUCUAAAUAAAAAUAUUAAAAAGUAAAACAAAAAAACCUUCACAACCAGGGGAAGGAAUGGCAACAAAUUCUAACUGAUUUAAAGUAUGUAUGUACCUAACAUAAUUUUUUAUAAUACCAAUUCCAUGUCUUUUGCAGUAUGUUUGUGCCUUCACUUAAGUUUACAGCCGAUUCAUAGAUAUGCUUUUAUCAGUACUGUUUGACCGACUGUAAGCCUACAUUUCUCUUCCAUUUUUCUCACACCAUCUUAACGAUAAAUAGUGAUUGAGGAAAGACCAAAUCUAAUUGGGAAAAGGUUAGUUUUUUGGUCAAUAUUAAAAUGCUUUGAAAGUCUUAAAUAAUGAUUUAAUUUAAAUACAAAUAAAGAUCAUCUGAUUUA